CCGAGCGAGCGCUUUCGCCAUCUUGUUUUUUCAAUUUGCCGAACGCGUUGGUUCUCUUGUGAAUUUUAUUUUAUUUGAUUGGAUUGCGGAGUCCCUGAUAAUAAUAGACUGUAAAAGUGUUUUAUUUUAUUUUUGUGCUUUAAAUUGGCGUACACAUCAUGUCUGAUCGAGAGAGGAGUCGUUCGAGGACCCGCAACGGUUCCCGGGAGCCUGCUCCGAAGCCCGCAGCCAUGUCUCGAGGACACAGCAGAAGCCGGUCGCGAACGCCGCCCCCGCCAAAAGCAUCAAGCCGGAAAUAUAGAAGCCCGGUCGUGGCUUGUUCCAGGACUCGCUCGCGCUCGGGCUCGCCCCGGCGCGGGUAUCGUGGCUCGCGUUACUCGCGGUCUCGCUCGCGCUCGUACUCGCCGCGCGGCUCGUAUCGCCGCUCUCACUCGCACAGCCCUAUGUCCUCCCGCCGUAGGCACCUAGGAGACAGGGUGAGACAAAUUCCUGAAAAUCCGACACCCUCGAGGUGUUUGGGGGUGUUUGGACUCAGUUUGUACACGACAGAACAGCAGAUUAACCACAUAUUCAGCAAGUACGGCCCCGUUGACAAAGUGCAAGUUGUUAUUGAUGCAAAGACGGGCCGCUCCAGAGGCUUCUGCUUCGUGUAUUUCGAGAACCAAGAGGACGCUAAAAUAGCUAAGAACGAGUGCACCGGAAUGGAGAUCGACGGCCGCCGUAUCAGGGUUGACUUCUCCAUCACGCAGCGAGCACACACGCCUACACCCGGCAUCUAUAUGGGCAAGCCUACGUAUGUAAGCAGCAGAGGUGACAAUGGCUAUGACAGACGCAGGGACCGAGAACCGUCUUCCAGCGACUAUUACUACCGAGGCGGCGGCGGGUACCGCGAGCGCGAGUACUACCGGUCGUACCGGCACCGCUCGCCGUCGCCGCACUACCGCCGCAGCCGCCGCUACGAGCGAGAGCGGUCCUACUCCCCCCGUCGUUAUUAGUAAGCGUGACGCUGACGUCAUCUUCAGUUUAGUGUAGCUUUCGAUACACCACACCUUCCCAAAUGUCUCCACUGGCCUUUUGCAUUUAUACUGUACCGGGCAGGCCGUAGUUAUGACGUUGUCGCGAGCCGCUCGCACCGGCCGACUUCCCCUGGCAGGCGACGCGAUAGUUGCUAUCCACGUGAUACAAAGGGUUCUAGCUAUAAGUUAGUCUGUAACGGCCUCCGGCCAUAGAUGCCUCUAGAUUGUAAUACUAGAUCUAAUAAAGAUUCUACUUUAAGUCUAACAUUGAUUUUGUUUGUUUGAAAAGGUAUUGAAACAAGAAGUAAAGGAUGAAGUUCCUUGAAACUAACUGUGUUGAAGUUUUGAAAAUGUUUGAUUGAAAAGUCCUUUCGAAUGGCGGUUGCCGAAAAUCGAAAACGUCCGGGCGACUAGCGGGCGAGGCUUAAAGAAUAUGAUCGGGUUCCGAGGCUGAAGCCGCCGACCGAAGCCGCCGCAAGAAAGAAGCGCGCACAGAUCAUAUUCUUUAUCUUCCGAAAACUAAACACUACAGUAUUUAGUACUUCGUGAUCCUUUGCAUUUUUUCGAAUCCAUAGUAAUAUGUACUAUAUUAUUUUAUGUAUCAGCAUCGAUUCUGAUGACACAUUAUUUCACAUUCUUAUUUUUAUUAGUGUAGUAUUGUGUUGUGAGCGACAUUGUUAUAAUAAAUAAUAGUUUUGUAAUACCAUUA